AUGCCGGCCACGUUUGAAGAAUAUGUCCUAUCUUCCACGUUAUACGAACUAACACCUCCCUCUUAUAGGAUACUCAUUUCUCGCCCUUUCAAGUUUAUUAUCGGGCCCGACGAGGUUCCAAUUGUGGUCCACGAGGCGGUACUCGCAGAGCAAUCCCCUGCACUAGCUGCGCUCAUGCGGGGAGAGAUGGCAGAGAGCGUAGCUGGCGAAUCUAGGUGGAUGGACGUGGAUAAAGGAAUAUUCAUACGGUUUGCUCAGUUCGCCUAUACAGGAGAUUAUUUGAUCUCGAAGGGCUCUACGGCUCAAGCGGUUGUGGAGGCAGAAUCGUUAUCGCAAGAGCCUCGAGUGCUUAAUGGAUGGGGAUCUUCCUUUGCGCCCCGUUCCUCCGUAGCCCCUCCCGCAUCCCGUACCUCCGCACUAGAGCCCGAGGACGAAUAG